AUGUGCAGCAUCGAAGAAACUCUUAAGCACAAAGGCAAGAUGUCUACAUAUUACAGAUUAUAUGUUGAUGACAAAUUAAGGAUCAUGCGUGACAAAGUAUCAGCUGAUAACUUCCUUCAGACCCUUGACCAUUGCCAUUCCUCUGUUACGUUUACCAAGGAAACAGAAAAAAAUGGCAUGCUUCUGUUUCUCAACACACAAUUGUUGAACAAAUCUACACACACUGAGACAAUCGUUUAUGUGAAACCAACAAACUCUGGCCUCUUGUUGCAAUACAAGAGUCAUGUCGAUGAUCAAUAUAAAUAUGGCCUGUUAAAGACUAUGCUUGAUCACGCAUUUCGACUUUCUUCUAACUCGUCCUAUUUCUCUGAGGAAUGUGAUCACCUCAAACUUUUAUUCUCUACACUAAAAUACCCAGAAAAACUUAUUGAUUCUACAAUCACUUGAUUUAUUGCUUUGAAAGUAUCUGAUCAACCCGUUUCCUCACCGACUGAUACCAAUGGAUAGGACCCCGUUCCAACUGUUCUUCCAUUUAAAGACCAAGCCACAGCUUAUAUUCUUCAGAAUCAACUUACGGAUUGGAAUCAGAAGGUUCACACGAACACCUAG